GUGGACGCGGCGUUGGGGGAAGGGUGCGGGUGGUCGCGGGGGCACUGGGGGUCCCAGCCCGCCCGAGACCUCUGGGCGCGGUGGGCGUUGGCCUUCGCCGCCAGCUCGGGUUUCUGAGACUCCGCACCCAAAGUUCCCGUCGGGCCUGCGCGGGGAGGAGCUGCCGGGGCGGGCCGGAGCGGCGAUGGCGGAGGGCGGUGGGGCGUGAUGCGCGGGGCCGCGCGGGCCUUGGAGGAGCGGGAUGGCGGCCCUGGCGGCGGUGUCCCCGCUAGGCUCCCCAUGCAGGGCCCACGUGUGGUCAGGGCGGAGCCGCGGACUUGGGGGGGAGGGGAGCAGCGCUUGGCGGCCGGGUUUGCAGGCCUGGAAUCCCGGAGCCCAGCCCCCAGCCCCCGGCCCCCAGCCCCAUUCCCACCGCUUGGCCGACGGUUAAGCGGCCGAGCGUGCUGGCUGUGGCGGGGCCCCCUUCCUCUUCUCCCCCUCCGUAUCUCUUUUCCAGGUCUCCGGUCUUGCUGGCCCAGUGAGCCUGAUAAGCAUGAAGCUCUUAUCUUUGGUGGCUGUGGCCGGGUGUUUGCUGGUCCCCGCAGCUCAAGCCAACAAGAGUUCUGAAGAUAUCCGGUGCAAGUGCAUCUGUCCACCUUACAGAAACAUCAAUGGGCACAUUUACAACCAGAAUGUGUCACAGAAGGACUGCAACUGCCUGCACGUGGUGGAGCCCAUGCCGGUGCCCGGCCACGACAUGGAGGCCUACUGCCUGCUGUGCGAGUGCCGCUACGAGGAGCGCAGCACCACCACCAUCAAGGUCAUCAUUGUCAUCUACCUGUCCGUGGUGGGGGCCCUCUUGCUCUACAUGGCCUUCCUGAUGCUGGUGGACCCUCUGAUUCGAAAGCCGGAUGCCUACACUGAACAGCUGCACAACGAGGAGGAGAAUGAGGACGCUCGCUCUGUGGCAGCGGCAGCUGCGUCCCUCGGGGGCCCCCGAGCAAACACAGUCCUGGAGCGCGUGGAAGGCGCCCAGCAGAGGUGGAAGCUGCAGGUGCAGGAGCAGCGGAAGACGGUCUUCGAUCGGCACAAAAUGCUCAGCUAGACGGGCAGUGCGGCAAGUCCUGCCCGGGGGCCCGGCUGCCAGCCUCCGCGCUAGGCAGAGCCAGGGCUGCGUCUCCCUUCCCCCAGCGCCACUGUCUCCCGGGUCUUCCCUUGAAAAGCCCGUGGCAUUUUCCUCCUUCUCCCUCUCGUUAGAAAUGUUGUACUCAGCUGUUUUGUUUAGGGAAGAGUGAGGGGGUUUCUCAUACUGCUGUCUCCUCAGCUCUUUGGGGUUGAAGGGAGGGGGACAGCAAGACAGACAGGACUUGGAGACAGUCCAGGUGGCCUCAGCAGUGGGCGGGGUCUCUCUCUCCUUGCCCGACCCUUGCCACCCUCCCAGCUCCCAAUCUUGGGGAUUGUAUUCCCCUUCGGAAGGUAGAGUGAGUCAUCAGGAACCCAGUGUCUGGGGGGAGCAUGGCCGGGCAUUCAACACUCCUGCCCACCGAGGUUCCUGUCACCGCCGUCCCCCCAGCCCCAGCGCCUCAGCCAGGUCCAGCCCUCGGGAGCAGCUCUGACGGGAGAGCUGGGCCCACUGUGGUCUCCUGGGCACCCGGAAGCUUGGUCUUCCUCCUGCCCGUGCCCGUCCUCCCUGCAGCACUUCCACUCCGGGGGUUGCGUGGCCCCCCUCUCCCCAGUGUCUACGCCUGCCGAGCCAGACGGUUGGACCAAGCGAUGCAGGAGGCUGAGCAGUGGGUCUGAAUACCGCAGCUCCUGUCCUUGGAUCGCCACUUGUCCCUGAAUUUCAUUGUCCCCAUGCAUGGAGAGGAAUGUUUGUCCUUCUGUUGUCUUAGAGCUCUGUGUGUGCAUCAAGGAAGCCAUCAUUAAACUGUUUUAUUUCUCUCA